GCCUGCAGCCGUGUGGUGUAGGUGGUGUUGUGGUGGUGGUCGCAGGAGGAGGAGGAGGAGGAGGACAGGAGGAGGGCAGGAGGAGGGUCGGGAUGGAUACCUGGACUCCCAAUCCCCGAGCCAAGCCCUUCAUCCCCCGCCAGCAGAGGAGCCUGUACCUCACCUGGAAAUAUAAGCUGACCAACAUAAGGACGAUCCGCCGCUUCUGUCAGGCUGGCGCUGUGCUCUUUCUGCUGAUAACCGUCAUCGUCAACAUUAAACUCAUCCUGGACACAAGACGAGUCGCUAAUGAAGAUGCAGCAGCUCAAGAAUACGAUGACGUCAUGCCCAACAUGGAGACACCACGCAGGCCGCCAAACGGGCGCAAGGUCCUGGACAUCGAGGUGUACUCCAGCCGCUCCAAAGUCUACGUGGCGGUGGACGGCACCACUGUGUUGGAGGAUGACAUGCGUGAGCAGGGCCGAGGCAUCCAUGUGAUAGUCCUGAACCAGGCGACUGGUCAUGUGAUGGCCAAGAGGAUAUUUGACACGUACUCUCCCCACGAGGACGAAGCCAUGAUCCUUUUCCUCAACAUGGUGACCCGAGGUCGUGUCCUCAUCUUCACCAUUAAGGACGAGGGCACGUUCCACCUGAAAGACGUCGCCAAGAACCUGCUGAAGGGUCUCGGCAGCCAGGUGUCCAUCAACCUCAGCUGGAGAGACAUGUGGACCCUGGUGGUGAAGAAAGGAGGUCAGGUUUACGGAGAGAAACACUCCAAGUCUCCAGCUCUGUCCACAUGGGGAGACCCGGUGCUGCUGAAAACUGAGGUGCAGCUCACAGCUUCUGAAGAGGCGGAGUGCCACUGGGCCGACACGGAGCUCAACAGACGGAGGAAACUCUUCUGCAGCAAAGUGGAAGGAUACGGCAGCAUCUGCAGCUGCAAGGACCCGGCCCCCAUCGAGUUCAACCCCGACCCCCUGCCCAAUAAUAACGUCCUCAGUGUCCCUGUUGCUGUCAUCGCAGGAAACAGACCCAACUAUCUCUACCGGAUGCUGAGGUCACUUCUCUCCGCGCAUGGCGUCAACCCGCUGAUGAUCACAGUGUUCAUCGAUGGAUACUAUGAGGAGCCUAUGGAUGUCGUUGAGCUGUUUGGACUGAAGGGAGUCCAGCACACACCCAUCAGCAUCAAGAAUGCCCGAGUGUCCCAGCACUACAAGGCGAGUCUGACCGCAACCUUCAACCUUCACCCAGAAGCCAGCUAUGCCAUCGUCCUCGAGGAAGAUCUCGACAUCUCCAUCGAUUUCUUCAGUUUUCUGAGUCAGACCGUCCACCUGUUGGAUGAGGACGACAGCCUGUACUGCAUCUCAGCCUGGAACGACCAGGGCUACGAGCACACGGCAGAGGACCCGGCCCUCCUCUACAGAGUGGAGAGUAUGCCCGGCCUCGGAUGGGUGCUGAAAAAGAGCCUCUACAAGGACGAACUGGAGCCAAAAUGGCCGACGCCUGAGAAGCUGUGGGACUGGGACAUGUGGAUGCGAAUGCCGGAGCAAAGGAAAGGCAGAGAGUGCAUCAUCCCCGAUAUUUCCCGCUCGUACCACUUUGGCAUCAUCGGCCUCAACAUGAACGGCUACUUCCACGAGGUAUAUUUCAAGAAACACAAGUUCAACACUGUUCCCAACGUGCAGCUGAAGAAUGUGGAAGGCUUAAAGAAAGACGCUUAUGAGGUGGAUAUUCAAAACCUGCUGAAGGAGGCGGAGGUGCUGGACCACACUAAGAACCCAUGUGAGGACUCGUUCCUGCCUGAUUCUGAGGGGAAAACCUACGUCAUGUUCAUUAAGAUGGAGACGGAGACGGACACAUCGACCUGGACCGAGCUCGCCAAGUGCCUCCAUGUUUGGGACCUGGAUGUGCGAGGAUACCACAAAGGUCUGUGGCGGCUCUUCAGGAAAAGGAAUCAUGUCUUGGUGGUGGCCGUCCCGAUCUCCCCGUACUCUGUGAAGAAACCAGCGAACAUCACUCCGAUUCACUUAGAUCCUCCGCCCAAAGAAGAGGGAGCACCAGUGGAGCAGCUGUAGACACACACACACACACACACACACACACAGAAACACAC